AGUUUGUAUAAAGAGGGCUUGGAAGAAGCAUCAGGGAUAUAUAUCUAUCAAACCUUUCCGUGGCAAAUAAGACGUGACUUAAAUUUCGUGACAGAAGCGGACCUUGAAUUCUAAUGUCACAUGAUUAACUUCAAUUUAUAAUUGGGUGCGUUCAGUUUCAUUUCUCAUAAUUGCAGUGAACACUUUAAGGAAUAACACAAAGAUUUUUGGAAAGGCAAGAUGGACAAAAUACUGAUUUUCGUAGCUUGUUGCCUAUCCGCAGUCUCCGCACAGUUUCCUGCAGUAUGUGAAAUGGAAUGUGUGGCCUCCUACAUAGGGGAUAUCGCAGAAUGCCGGGUAGACUUCCCAUUACAGCCCGGGGCUGCCAACAAGAAUUUACAGCUGUGUUUACUAGAAGUCGAACACGAUCGGAAUGUGUGCAUGACGCUGAAUAUAGAUCCAGUUUGUAAAAGAAAUGCUGCAACGUCAAGGUUGCAUUUACCUUUUAAAAUGGAUCUUAGCAAGGUCACCACCACCACCACCACCACAACGACGACGACGACGACAACAACGGCAAAACCUGCAACGGCACCACUGCAAGUGGGACCAGCGCUGUCCCAGCCUUCUCACUCCAGUAACCAGCUCAUACAGCUAUAUGUGGACCCCAAUAAUCCACGCCCACCCCCAAACAGACACGGAUUUGUGGGGAGACCAGACCAAGCUAAUUAUUCGCCGGUCGCAGUGGAACCCAUGCCAAUGAAAGCUCCCACGGGUCUGACGGCCCGUCAAGCCCUACGUCACAGGCGAAUCCAAAACAUGAUUCAAAGAAAAGUUCCUCAACCAAUGCCUCCAGCCAGACCGAUAUCACCACCUCAGAGACCAGCUUUAAAUACGCAUCUUCCGGUAAGACCCAUGCCAAAACAAAUGCAAUUACCAGGAAAACAGGCACCUGUGCCAAGAAUUCAGCUUCCUCCACGUAGCGGACCUCGGACGAACGUCGCGCCUAGAUCUCCCUCUAACAGGUACCCCAUGAUUAAGUCUGUGGCCCGCACAAACCCGAAAAUCAUCCAGAGAAGACUUACUGUGUAUAAAUUGGCCAAACCGUUUAAACCGAGUAGUAUGAGUCGACCCAUGCAGCCUUCUUUCUCGGCACAAAACAUUUUUAUAAAAUAGAUUGUUUAUAGGGCCACAAUACUUUUAUUCAUGAAACAUGUUUUAUGAUGUGGGUAUUUUGUUUUGAUAAGGGAUUGGAAGAAUGGAUAGUUUAUCAAAGUUUUGAAAAUUAAUUAUGUUCAUGGACUUUCAAAACGUGUGAGAAUCAAAAGACCUGCAGUUUUUCAAUUAUUAUUUUUGUAUCUCAAAAGUUUGUUAAAUUGAAUCUAUUAUGUUAAAUUACAUUUCUCUGUGGCCUUUUUUCGCGUUUCAUUUUACAUAAUUACUUUAAAAAAGGAAGCAGAAACCCGACCUGUCAGGUUUGUGAGCUUGCUAAUCCCAUAACUCUGUUACAAGCACUUGUCAUAAAGAUGAUCUUUUGACAUUGUGGUUUGGGUUUGCAUGGCUGUGUCGUGAUGCUGGCUAAUUACGACAGUGUCAGUUUCGUACUUUCCAUUGUGUGAGUUUCGUACAAUGUAUUAUGAAUGCGUAAGAUUGAACAGUUUCCUUGUUGCAAGAAAAUGGUCUCUCUUGACGUUUUGGCAACAGGAUAACUGGCUGUGAAAUCCCGUCAGACGAGUUUUGUCUCUUGAGAAAUGAGUCUUGUGUUCUGUGGGUCUAACAUACCCAGUAUAUUUAGAAAUAUACGUAUAUGAUAGUUUUAGUAUGUCUCUAAGAUUCUAUGGCAAGUAAGGCGUCGUUUUUAAUUUAUUUUGUGUAUAUUUAUUUUACGCAUGCCUUUGUAGUUGUAAUGCUACGUAAACUAAAAUUAAUUUCAUCUAUAGAGAGAUAAAAUUACUGUGGCUAACUAACGCACCACGUGUAGUGUUCGGAAGCGUUAGUUAAGAAGAAUAUUUGCAUAAUAUCCUGACUCUUUUACAUCAACAAGACGCGUAGAAAUGUGUCUCUUUUUAUAUAUGCAAUGUAUAUUUGAUGUGAGGUUGGAGACAUUGUUAUAUUGUUAUUAAAUGAUUUGUUUCCAUGGAAA